AUGAAUAACAUUUCGCCUGCUAAACAAGUAACAUCCAAUGAUAUACGUGGCGAUGAUGAUCAUCAAGCGAAUACCAUUCACGAUGCGGCUCAACAUAAAACAGCCAAAUACUCUCAUUCGCCAAAAGUACAUCGUCGUAGUGAACUACAUGAAUCUGGAAUUGUUCAUCAGGAAAACACGUAUCCAACGCGUGAUGAUACGCGUGGCGAUGAUGAUCUUCAAGCGAAUACCAUUCACGAUGCGGCUCAACAUAAAACAGCCAAAUACUCUCAUUCACCAAAACUACAUCAUCGUAGUGAACCACAUGAAUCUGGAAUGGUUUAUCACAAAAACGCACAUUAUGAUACACAUGGUGAUGAUCAUUAUCAUUCGCAUAUUCAUGAUAUGGUUCAACAUAAAACAGUUAAAAGCACUAGUUCACCAAAGCUGCAUCCUAGAAUUGAAACAACACAUGACACUGGGCUUGUUUAUCAAGAAAGCACGCAUCCGACAAAUAAUGAUUAUUCUUAUAAAACAUUAACGGAGGAUAUUCAGUAUAAACAUGAUGACAAGAAGCAUCACAAAAGCUCAGCUGAUCAUGAGAUUAAUGUCGCUACAAGUAGUGCAUAUAGUGGAAGUGUUUUUCAUUUGCAAGUACCAGAAUCUCCCACACGUCCAGAAUCACCAAACAAGAAAUCGAAGCAUCAAAGACACUCGCGCAACGCUUCACCGGCAACACCACAACGAUCCCGCUCUUCAUCAGCAAAAUCCCGACAGUCUAGCCCUAAUCCACUGGAACCGUUCUCACCGGACAGCCCACAAUCAGAUUCUCAAUCGACGAAUCGCACACAUAAGAAGGAUAAGGUUUGGCUAAAUCCGCAAUAUGAUCCGUCAUCCAAUAAAAUUAUACAGCCUGAUAAAAUUAAAUUUAACCUUCCACCUCGACACAAGAAUCCUGAUGACAAUGCGUUCGAUCGCAUUGCGGGUUCAAUGUUGGGUAUGGCCAUUGGCGAUGCUCUUGGUGCACAUGUUGAAUUUAGACCACAUAGUUUUCUCCAACAAUAUCCGGUCGAACAAUUACUGGGUGGUGGUACGUGGGGUUUAAACGCUGGCCAAUGGACUGAUGAUACAUCAAUGGCACUUUGCUUAGCCAUUAGUUUAAUUGUUAAACGAAAUCAUGACGCAUAUGAUCAAAUGGUCCGAUAUAAAUGGUGGUGGAAGAAUGGGUAUAUGUCAUCAACGGGUCAUUGUUUUGAUAUUGGCGAUGCAACAAAAGAAUCAUUACAAAAAUUUAUGGAUAAACAAAAAACAUUUGGAAAAGUACAUGAAAAAUCUGAAGAACAGAUGGACUUAUUGAGUGAUGAAGACUCGAAACUAUUUGAAAGUGAACAGUCAACAUUAUGCAGCGAUGAGGGCGUUGCUGGUAACGGUGCGUUAAUGCGUUUAGCUCCAAUACCGUUGUUUUUCUAUCGUUCCCCUUAUUAUGCAAUUCGUUAUGCUGGCGAAUCAGCUCUUCUCACACAUGGAGACGUUCGCGCUAAGCAUGCUUGUCGUUAUUAUGCUGCGUUGAUAGUCGGUGCAUUACGUGGCUUUAAAAAAGAUGAUUUGUUAGCUGAACAGUUUUACCACGAUCGUCAGAAUGAGGGAUGGUUUGGUGAGGGUGCUGACGCUGUAUUACAUCAAGAUAUUCAAAAAAUAGCUGAUGGUUCAUUUAAAAGAGAAGGUGGUUAUGCAGAUGGUAUUCGAGGGACAGGGUAUAUUGUUUCAUCCUUAGAAGCUGCAUUGUGGGCCUUUUGGUCCGACGAUAAUUCCUUUGAAAAAGGUGCGUUACUAGCGGUUAAUUUAGGAGAUGACACAGAUACGACAGCUUCUAUUUAUGGUCAAUUAGCUGGAGCGUAUUACAAAUUUAAUGAACUUCCACAAAAGUGGUUAGACAAGAUACACGCCAAAGAUUUUAUAAUCUGCCUAAAUUCGCUAAAAUUUCAUAAAACUAUAAUCUCGAUGAACCAAUCUACAGUGGAAGGAAAUAUUGCAGAAAAUAUUUGGUUAAGAUAUUACAUUGAUACUGGUGCUUAA